AUGUUUUUCUUUGUUAAACGCUUGAAAAGCGUCGACCCGACACGUCGACUCGAGGAGAAUUGCAAAGAUGUGGUGUCAUUGGAUGAUUCCCCCGCGGCUCCUAGACAGAAAUCUGUCCGCCCCGCCGCUUCGACUUCCAAGAAGCGCAACGCCGCCGACAAGGACGCAGAAAAGGAAGAAGUGAUGCCAAAAAAGAAGAGGCGUGAUACCGACUCCGAUUCGGAU